AUGGAGGGCUUGGUGAUAGCAAGGCGGCUAUGGAGUGUGUUGAGGAUCACAUUCUUCACGAUAAGGAAGGGACUGACAUGGAAGAGGAAGUUGAUAAUGGAUAUUAAUCUCAUGAUCAAGCGAGGUAGGCUCCUCAGGAAAUCCAUCACCAACCUCAUAUCUCACCACCACCACCACCACCACCACUCGAGAAGUGCGGCACAUGGCAGCUUCGGCAUACAGGAGUACGAGUUCUCUUGCAGUAACAGCCCCAAUCCUGUUUUUUUCCAUGUUGCAAACAGUAAGCGCAAACACCAUUCUUACUUCCCCUGCAUCAAUCCCCCUGCAGUUAUAGAAGAACAAGAAGCAGAAGAACAAGAAGAAGAAGGAAAGUCCACGGCCACAGUUGCUUUGGUACCCAAGACCCCAGAGUACACAUUCAACAGAAUGUUUGAUGCAUCACCAUUUUCUGUGCGGGUGUCAAAUUAUUCAUCAGAAGAUGAUGAGGCUGAUGAAGGAGGUGGGAAGGUUGACCACGAAGCUGAGGAGUUCAUCAGAAGAUUUUACGAGCAACUCAGGGCUCAAAGUCGCAUGCAACUGCUACAAUGCCAUUGA